AUUUCUUUUUUCAUUUAAUUUUAUUUAAUAAGUUUUAUAUUUAAUAAUGAUGAGAUAUAUAUCUAUCAUAUGUUUGACCAAAUACCUGGCGACUUGUACCCUGGACUCAAUCAGCUCUGCAAAAAACUUUCAAAAUAUGUAGAUGAAUCUGGAGCAUCAUUAUCGCUUCAAGAAGAGUUAGAUGAGGCAAAAAAAGCAUUAUACAAUGUGAAAACAACAUACUUUCAGCAACUUCUUCUGUAUAAUCAACUUCAAGAUAUUCUUUUAAAAAACUUCUAUGGUUACUCAGAUGGAAACUUUACUUCUUCUGAAGAAAAGAAGUUUUUCAGAAUGGCUAGUGAAAGGUUAGGAGCUGUUCAAGCCAGAAAUUUUACAAACAUCUCUCUUAUAAAAAAUGGUAAACAUAAUAGAGAUACUCAGUUGUUUGGUCUUUCAGAAAAUGAUUUCACUGAAGAAAGUGAAAAAAAAAAAGAAAUACACCAGAGUUUGCAGCAAGUUCUUCUACCUUUAAUUGAAAAAAAUUUAAAACAAUUUUGUCUGGAGUUGUUUAAGAUAUUUAAUCCAAACAGCAAAGACAGUGAAGGUUUGCAAUUAGCCAAAGCCAAUCAACUUCCCGUAUUUGUUUCAAAUGAAAAACAAAAACUUUCUGAUGCACUAAAAGUAAUAAACAAACAAAAAAAGGAAUUUAAUAAAAUCUUCAAUGAUAACUACAAGAUUUUAGAUUUAUCACUUCAUGAGCUUCAACUCAAAAUGUCUUCUAAAGUAAUAGAUUCACAAGAAGAUGCUAAACAGAUUGCAGCUGAUUGGCUAGCAACUAAAUGUGAUUACAUCAUUUUAAAAAUAAAAGUAAUGACAAAUCAUCUGUAUAAAGAAACAUACACUCCAGAGACAGUUGAAGCUUUGAUGAAAAUCAGAAAAUUUAUUGAAGAGAAAAUUACAAAAACAAAAGAUAAGAUACAGAAAACAAAAUCUGCAUUGUCGAUGUAUCAAUCUGUGGAUAUCUUUAAUCAGCUUUUGAAUGAAUACAGCAAUCUUACUAUGGAAAUUGAGAAUAAAAAAUGGGCUUUAAAUGAACUUCAAAGAAAUAAACAUAGAUAGAUAUUUAUAAAUUAAAACUAACAAAUGAUACAUUGUUUUUACUACUGUAUAAACCAAGCUGUUGUCAUAGUACUUUUAAAUCCAUUUAUUUUUUUGUUUAUAUUAUUUAGAGUAAUAAGUUGUGGAAAAUAAAAUCUCACUUCUUUUAUAAAUUGAUUUUAAUUAAAAAAAUAUUUAAUAUAAUUUAUUGUUUUAUUCAUGUUAUAUUCAUUGUUUUUUAUAAUUAUUUUUUAUUAUGUUGUUUCAUUAUUAUAAUAAAUUUUUAUUUACAUUAAACACACAAAAAAAAACCAAUUGAACAAUGUUUACAAUUGCACUCCCAUGUAAAUACUUCCAAUCCACUUUAUGAAAUCUUUUUGAAUCUCUCACCCCUAACCCUUUUUUUAUAUAUCACAAUGUCAUGUAUGUCAUUAUAGAAAGCGUAUGUGAGUAAGCCAUCUUUAGAAAAUGUAUGUGAGUAAGCCAACAAGCUAUUUUUUUAGUAUUUUUUGUUAGAGUUAUUUCAAAGUUGAAGUGAUCUUUUUGAACAGUUUUGUGUUCAAUUUUUAUCAAUUUUUUUUUUUUUUUUUGUAUUUGAUUACCCUGCAUAAAAAGAUUGUAUAUUUUGCAGCAUUUCACAAGAUCUAAAUAUAAUUUUUGGGUGCAUUUAGAGUAAUAUUUAAAAUAGGAAUUAACAGUCUACUACUAUAUGAAAAAUUGCCUGUAACUUUAACAAACCAGACUAUAUUGUAGUUUAGGAAGUUUUAGUUUUCUUAAAACAAAAAAAUAUGAGGUGGUUGUGAAAUGACUGCGACAAUAUAUAUUAAAUUUUUAAACUUUAUAUAGAAAAUACUUCACCUUUUCUAUUGGGAGUUUAUUCAUAUUUUAAAUAUUUGAAUUAAAUUUUUUUCCUUCUCAGGCAACCACAACUUUAGAAAGUGGUUUUUAAUUUUUUUCUUCAUAAGAAGAGAAGCGCUCUUUAAAGAAAGGAGAUACUUUUUUGCACCUUGCCCAAUAAUAUCUAAAAGAUAGAAAGAGUGAAAAAAGGAACAAAUAAUAGAAAAAUG